AUGACGUCCCAAGAAUCUGGUCCGGCCAACGACGCUCAGCAAGAGACCUUCAAGGAGCAGCUCGACAAGGCUGCGGAGGAUACUCGCGCUGCAGAGAACCAAAAGCCGAACCCCAUAGUCGAGAAGAUCACUGAAUACGUCCCCGCUGCCGCCAAAAUCCUACCCGGGAAGCAGAGCCCAUCGAGGGACGAAGUCAAGCCAGAGGGUCCUCCAGAGCGACCUGAUCAUGAUGACAAGAUUGAAGAGUUUGUGAGGGACCAGCAUCGAAGCCAGGGCACAGACGGCAUCCUUGGUUCCUCCCCCAACGACGAGUGA